AGCAAAUGGCAUCUCUUAACAUUCCUUUUUGAGCAGAGCUGUAAUGUGAGCUGUUCAUUUGAGCAUAGCAGCAAUUUUACAGACAACACAACAAUGCUUCAACGAUUUUGUCGGCCACGCUUCAUUAAAUUGCCCUUAGCAUAUUCUGCUGGCAGCAGGCGUCACAAUGCAAACACGCCUGCUACAGAACCGGCAACAGCAACAUCAUCAGCUUUAAAAACAGCGACGACUAAGAAAUUGGCUGUGGAAGAAGGGUUUACGGAUUGGCGGCCCAUCUACCAGCUUCCCUUGAUACGCUGGAUUGCAGCUUUUAAUCGUCUUAAAAACUAUCAGGCUGCUGUCACAGUGGCUGCCACACCAUUGGCAUUCACCCUGUCUCAGGCUGGCCAGGUAUCUGGAGAAGCAAUUGGAAUUUGCGCUUCAUUGGGAGUCAGUGGGCUGAUUACGCUAUCAUUGGGCAGUUAUUUGACAUCCAAUAUAAUUGGAUUUAUCUACAUUAAUGAUCAGCAGGAUCAGUUAAGACUGGCAUACGUGGACUUCUGGGGUCGUCGCCAGGAGGCCCUGAUUGAUAUUGAGGACAUACUCCCCGAUUGGGAGCUUAAAAGGACCACACGAUUGGGCUUUUAUCAGCCAAUAUGUCUGCGUACUGAUAAGAAACAGCGCUUCAAGAUACUUCAACGUUUUGGAGUGAUCACAGAUCCUCUUAUAUUCGAGGGUCUUUUCGGGCAAUAAAAAGGGGUUUGUUAUGAA